AUGAACUCGGCCACGGAGACGGAGAUCCUCACCAAGUACAACCUCACGACACUCUAUCCCGCGGCAUGGCCGGCGGACAAGGACAAGGACGCGGCCGAGGCCGGCGAGCUCUCGGACGAUGAGGCCAGCGCAGCGGCGGUGCGGCGGUCGCGGUCGCGGUUCUCGGUGCUUGAGGCCAGGGCGAGGUUCUCGCGGCAGGUGCCCGGGGCCGAGCGGUCCAAGGACGGCGUGGAGACGCUGGUGCAGAAGGACGAGGCGGACCCGCUGGGGCUAUACCCCAGCGUGGUGCAGGUGCUGCGGGCGCGCAGCCUGGCCGUCGAGGACGACAUCAAGCUGCGCAACCGCUUCCUCCUUAGCUCGACGUCGUUCUCGCCGUCGCUGUUCCUCGCGCAGGUGCACAGCGACGCGUCCACGGACACGCUGCUGCAGGGGCUCGACUUCCUGUCGCGCUCCAUCGAGCAGAAGUCGGCCUCGCUCAAGGUGCUGGUCGAGACCAACUUCGAGCGCUUCGUCGGCGCCAAGGCCACCAUCGACCGUGUCUACAACGAGAUGCGCGACCAGGGCAAGGACCCCGACCCGCCCAAGCCUGCCCACGCCCGCGGCGCGAGCCGCACCAGUUUCUCUGGCCGCAAGCCCAGCGUGUCCCUGCAGCCCGCGCCCGCCGAGCGCAAGAAGAACGCCCUCGUCAAGGAGAGCGAGUACGGCGUGCACGGCAUCAAGGUGCCCCUCACCGAGGUCGCCGUCAAGGCCGAGGAGGUCUGGGGCCCGGCCCUGGGCGGCCGCGACAAGGAGGAGACGCUCAAGGCCAUUCUCGAGUCCGUCGACGCCCACCGCGGCCUGUUCGAGGUCGCCGCCACCAUCCAGGACGCCAUCCGCCGAAGCGACCACGAAACCAUCAUCGACGAGUACAAGCGCGCCCGCAAGUACACCGAAGACGCCCGCUACAUCGUCGAGCAGGCCAACUAUGCCAAGACGCCUCUCGCCGACGCCCACAUCCACCAGAUCAUCGUCACCGCCCGCAUGUGGGCCGAUGUCGAGCGCCAAAUCGAGCACUUCAAGCGCGACGCCUGGAAGCGACUGGCCUCAACCCACUUCGCUAAGCAUCACUCCGCCACCGACGCCACAAAGUCCGACGAGUAUGUCAGCCUCAUAUCCAUCAUGCUCGAGCUCGGCGUUGAAGACAACCCCAUCUGGAUCUGGCUGCUCUCACGCUAUGAGCACCUCAAGUCUCGCCUCAACAUCUUGUGCGAACGCUCUCGUGUCGAGAUCGAGAUCCUGCGCCGCCAUCUGGCAAACGGCGAGAAGCCAACCCUGCGCUCCGUGCAGAAGCACCUACGUGCCGUGCCCCUGAGCUCCAACGCGACAGCCGAGCCGUCAAAGCUGGACGCCCCCAAGGUCAUCGAGUUCUGGGAGCACGUGCAUGCGUCCAUGACUACGCUGCUCUCCACCAAGGGCGGUCUGCUUGGUGAGCUCAUUGAGUAUUGGGACAUUGCCCAGUCAUUCAUGAGCGGUCGUGCUCAGCGUAACAUGCCCACCGGCUACCAGAACCAGUCUUCGGUCCACCACAAGCUUACAGAUCAGAACAAAGUGGAACUCGAGAGAGGCACCACCGAGCUGAUCAACGUGAUUCGCGAGCACAUCUACUCUUUCUUCUCCGAUCCACCGAUUGAAGACGUCUCGGCCCUAUUCUCGCCAAUGCCAACUACACCAACGCCGACAACGCCACGAACACCUCUCACUGCUGCACUAAGCCCUACAGCCGGGACGAGGUUCAAAUUCGAUCCGAAUAACGUUCCGCCACCAUCACCCAGCCGUGGCGAAACGUGGGAGAAAUAUGCCUUCUGGCCGCCACAUUCAAACGCACUUUCUGGGUCCCAUUGUCUGUCCAAAUCUCUCGUUCUCAUUGGCACUGCAGCGAACGAGCUUGCCUCUUUGCAACUACCCGUAACAGGUUCUGCCUCGCGCCUGGAUGAAGCUCUGCGCAUACUUGUUGGCAGCGUCCGUGAACGCUGCAUCUCUGCCAUUUGUGCAGCCUGGAAUGCCGACGCAGAGAAGCUCAAAGUGCUGGAAGACUGGACGCGCAAUGCGGAUCGCAAAGACACCACAAAUCUUCCCCAGCGAUUCUUCGCAGUGCAGUCUUUCUUGCUUAAUCAUCUGCAGAAGAUCAUGUAUGUUGAGGCGUCGAGUAAGACGUCUGUAGACGUCGUUGUCCCUCCUAGCAACAAGCUCCUGCAAAUGCUAAGAAGCCAGUUUGUGACGAGCUUGUACCGCACGUUGAGUGGUAUGGUAGAAUGUGCCGAGAUGGGUCGUAAGGCGCUGGGCCAGGACUUCGAGACCAAGGGCGACGACCUCACAAUUGAUGGCGAUGAGGAUGUCGACGGCGAAUGGGGGAAAGUUGACGCCAACAGCAAGCCAACCCGCCUUCUCCUCACCCUAUCCAACAUGUCGCACUUCCAAUCCGAAAUCACCCCGCACUUGCUCUCCUUAUUCGAGAACUUGUUCAGUGUGCAACUCACUGAUGAAACGGCGCGGAUUCGCGAUGUGCUAGGUCAGCUGGAUACGCAGCUUUUCAAGUCCUACACUAAGCCGCACGCACUGCAGAUCCACGCGUGGAUUGAGAAAGGCAUAUUCUCGCCCACAUGGGCUGCCGCGGCUGCAGAGAGGGGGAGACGAGUUGCGGACCUUGAUCCGAGCCCGUACGUAAGCACAGUAUUGUUGCACCUGGUCACUAUUCACAGCCUCACUUCGACAACCUCACCCAACAGUCCCUUGACACCGCGAAUCCUGAAGGCCCUGUUCGAAGCCACCACUACUAGUCUCAUUAGCACCUUCUCCUCAUCGCGAUUGCCCACGAUAUCGUUAUCGCAGCUGAUGCAAGCCACGCUGGAUGUCGAGUUCAUCAGCCAGACUUUGGCAUCGUAUACGACAGACGCAGCGAGCCAGACACAGACGGAUAUUUACCAGGUGCUGGACCAGAAGACGGACAAUGGUGCGAGGGUUGCUUUGCAAGACGAACUGGGCGGGUUACGAGUGGGUUUGAAGAGACUGAGAGAGGGUACUCGGGGACAAUUCAGUUGCUUCCGGCGGGUGAAGAGGGGCACAAUUGCAUCGCCAAACCCACAGGGUGAGGAAGAACGAGUGAGACGCUGA